ACUCCGGGGGAGUGGGGAGCUGGCAGCCUGGGAUCCCUGCCCUUCGCAGUACUCGGGAUGCCUGGCAGCUUGGGGACAGGGACCCGGACUCUGCUCCCGCUCCUCCUCGCCCCUGGCUGGGUAGAGCCACAGGCCUGCACAUUCCCAUGCCAGUGUCCCUCCCAGCCUCUGCAGUGCCCUGCGGGUACCAGCCAUGUGUGGGAUGUCUGUGGCUGCUGCAAGGUGUGUGCCCAGCAGCUGGGUGAACUCUGCUCCUUGCACAGGCCCUGUGGCCAUCACAAGGGACUCUACUGUGACUUCUCCAAAAUCCAUAGAGGCAGUGGGAUCUGCUUAGCUCAUGAGGGUGCCGCAUGUGACCUGCUGGGCAAGAUGUACCUCAACGGGGAGAGCUUCCAGCCCACAUGCAAACUGCAGUGCAUCUGCAUGGACGGGGCCAUCGGCUGCAUCCCGCUCUGCUCUGAUGACCUGCGCCUGCCGUCCCCCGAGUGCCCCAAGCCCCGGAGGGUGAAGUUCCACAACAAGCGCUGCGAGGAGUGGGUGUGUGAGGAGGGCAGCGAGGAUAACCGCUUUGGAACAGCCAUGGCAGUUUUCAGGGAGGAUCCAGCUCAUGAGCCAGAGCUGAACAACCUGCAGGAGAACUGCUUGGUGCAGACCACAGAGUGGAGUAUGUGCUCCCAGAGCUGUGGAAUGGGCAUCUCCACCCGUGUGACCAACGACAAACCCCAGUGCUGCCUGGAGAAGGAGACCUGGCUCUGCAUGGUCCGACCCUGCAACUUCUCCAUGGAGAAAACCAAGAAGGGAAAGAAGUGUGUGCAGACCCCAAAGCAGCGCCAGAGCCUCCACUUUGAAUUUUCAGGGUGCACCAGCACCCGCUCCUACUGGCCCCGGUUCUGCGGCAGCUGCUUGGACGGGUGCUGCUGCACCCUGUUCCUAACCAGCGCCAUGGAUGUGGAGUUCCACUGCCCUGGGGGGGACUUCUUCCAGAGGAAGGUGAUGUUCAUCAAGAUGUGCUCCUGCCUCUAUGACUGCCCCCGAGACAAUGACAUCUUCCUGGCCACAUAUCAUCAUUGGAUGAUCGGAGACCAUGUCAAGAUUGAGCAGCAAUAGCCCUGUCUUGCCAGCUCUGAGCUGUGCAGGAGGGGUCUGCAGUGUUUUUGUGGCUGUGUCCAGGCCAAUGCAGCCUCUUCCCCUUUUGUGAGGGGCUGUGCUUUCCACAGCAGCACCGUUCACACCAGUGGUCCCUGUGGUUUUCCCAGCGGGCCAAGGGAGGAGCCUCUGACCCCUGUCCACAGUGGUGCAAAGGUCAGUGAAGAAACCAGAAACAGGCUUGAGCUGUAAACUUGAUUUGUAUUCCUGCUGGCCAGAAGAGAGAGUGGAUCAAAGUCAUGUGGCUCCCACCUGUCUCCAGCCCAGAGCACAAUUCCUGAUUCAGACCCUGAGAAUUCUUCCAGCAUGAACUGGGGGUGAACCAAGCUGUCAGACCAAGAUGUGUCCCCUGAAGGUGCUGCUGUGGGCAGCUUUUAGUGCCUUGAUGAGCAUUUCAUAGAACCAUGGAGUGGUUUGGGUUGAAAGGCACUUUAAAGCUCAUCUAGUUUCAACCCACUGUCAUGGACAGGGACACUUUCCACUAGCCCUGGUUGCCCCAAGCCCCAUCCAACCUGGCCUUGGGCACUUCCAGGGAUGGGGAUGGGGCAGCCACAGCUUCUGUGGGCAACCUGUGCCAGGGCCUCACCUGCCUCACAGGGAGGAAGUUCUUCCUAAUCUUGUCAGAAAUGGCUCUGGAGUGGGAGAGGGACUGGACCCCACAAGCUUGCACAUGUAUAGUGAGGCUGCAGCUGUUUCAGCUCUGGAGUCUUUUCUCUGGAUGUUUGUAAGUAGGAGGAACACUGUUCAGCUCCAGUCUCCCUGGAGAGUUUAAGAUACUGGCAAGAGAAAUUCUCCUACUUGUAAAUGGAGCAGAUCCCAUCUGGAGUUACUGGGGCAGUGCCGUGGGGAGCUGUUGACACUGGUGUCUCCAGCAGUGGGAUUUCCUCCUGGCCACAGACCUGGCAGAGUCUCUCUGCCAGGAGAGGACCUUAUUGCCAGCCCAUAGCGCCAGGAAAGGCCACCAGCAGCCAGUGCCAGUGGUAUGUCCCGCAGCACGUUGGCAGCUUUGCGGGACUGCUAAGAUCUUGUCAGGUGUGGAGAAAUCUUAGUUUUAACAGAAACAUCCAGGUGCAGGACCUGAUGCUGGUUUUUAUGUUAUCCUUGCCAUUGGAAAUCAAGAAGCAUUUCUGUUCCAGCCAGGCAGGAGCAGCAGCCCCAAGGCUUCACCUCACCAUAUCUUCCUACCCCAAAUUAGAGCCUAAUGCCAAGGGACACUCCCAUCUGUCCCAAAUUUCCAGACUGUUGACACACCAGCUCAGGGCCCAUGUUCCAUCCCAGCCUCUGUUCUUUGUCUCAGCCUGCAGCAGCUCGUGAGUCUUCACCCUCCUGUCAUCAAUUUGAACUGUAAAUAAUUUAUCUGAUGUUGUUUCUGUUUUUAAGGCCUUUGUGCAAUCCUGAGAUCCUGUUGACAUAACCCUACUCAGGCUGUUAACCUUCUCUGAGCUUCUCGCCUGCCAUUCAUACAGUGCUGAGUCUCAAACCAUUCUGAGGUUUCACUUUACUCAAUGCUAAUAAAUAUCUCUAUUUUUUAUAUCUGAA